AAGUCGUUUGCAGACAACAUUUUCAACAGAAUUCCUAACUUGCCGGUUGCAAAAUGAAUUGUCUACUCUUUUUGGCUGGUUUAUUAGCUUUGACAUUUGCUGAUCACGAUAUUAAAUAUGUAAAGAAAUACAGCACUACAGAAUUUAAGGAUGCAGUUACAAAAAAUCCACAUUUCGUUUUGUUUUAUGCCCCUUGGUGUGGUCAUUGCAAGAGAACCAUGCCAGCAUAUGAGGAACUGAGCGAAAAAUACAACGAAAAUGAAGGUUCCAAACAAGCAACAAUUGCCAUGAUUGAUUGCACACAGCACACAGAUAUUUGCUCUGAGCAAGGAGUUAACGGCUAUCCAACGAUCAAAUAUUUCGAACCAUCAAGCUCUGAAGGUGAUGAAUAUUUCGGUGGACGAGGAUUUUCCGAUUUUGACCAAUAUAUUCAAGCAAAAUUGGGAGAUACCGGCGCAACUGAAAAACCUGCCGAGAAUCAAAAUAUUGAAACAUCAAAUGGUGUUAAGUUAUACACAAAUGAUAACUUUGAUGCGGCAAUUCAAACUGGUCACCACUUUGUGAAAUUUUUUGCUCCUUGGUGUCCUCACUGCAAAAAUAUGGUCAAAGAUUGGGAGCAAUUGGCUGGUUUAUACGAAGAUAGAUCUGUAUCAGUUGCCGAGGUUGAUUGCACUCAACAUCAAGCCAUUUGCGGAAGUAAUGAAAUUAAAGGUUAUCCAACCCUUUUGUUUUUCUCCAAUGGAAGAAUGGUUGAAAAAUAUUCUGGAGCUAGAAAUAUUGAUGCAUUUAAGGAAUUCGUGGCAAAAACUACAAAUUCAGAAAUAAAAGCCAGCGAAUCUCAAGAAGAAACAGUUCCCGCUGAAGUAACAAACGUUAAAGUAUAUACCACAAAGAAUUUUGCCGAAACAAACACAGGUCAUCAUUUCGUCAAAUUCUAUGCUCCUUGGUGUCCUCACUGCCAAAACAUUGCUCCAGCUUGGGAAAAAUUAGGCGAAGCUUUCAACGACGAUGAUACAGUUACUAUUGGUAAAGUUGAUUGCACUACCGACAGCGAAGCAUGUAAAAAACCAGAAGUUUCCGGUUAUCCAACUCUUUGGUGGAUGACUGAUGGAAAAUAUGUAGAAAAAUAUUCAGGUCCUAGAGAUUUUGAAGAUUUAAAAGAAUUUGUUAAUUCAAUGAGAGGAAAGAAAGACGACGCUAAACACGGAACCGUUGAAGACAAGAAAGUUGAGUACGUCCAAACUCUUACUGUAGAUACUUUUGAAGAUUCUAUCAGUGAGGGUCAUUAUUUCAUUAAAUUUUAUGCUCCAUGGUGUGGACAUUGUAAAAGAAUGGCCCCAGCUUGGGAAGAGUUAGGCAAGAAAUUUGCAGGGCAUGAGAUUAUUUCAAUUGCUGAAGUCGAUUGUACCAAAAAUAGAGAAAUAUGCGAUAAACAUGAAGUCACUGGCUUCCCAACUUUGUAUUAUUUUGAAAACGGUCAGCGAAUCUCUGAACAUAACGGAGGCAGAGAUUUAGAAGAGCUCGUUAAGUUUGUACAGGACAAACUACCCCAUGACGAACUUUAGGUUUUUUGGGCUUUUUUUGUUUUGUCCUAUCAAUUUUGCUGGUUAAACGAAUAUAUCAUAAUUUAAACAAAAUUAGUCGUUUCUGUACUGACACAUGUGAUUUUGUUGCUGUGAUAAUUUCUUAGUUUGAAUACUAUUUAGUAAUUCUAUAAACACCUUCUAUGUAAUUUAGGGAUAUGGUUUCACAUUCUCUGUGUCAUAUAGUAAUAACUGAAUGCCAUAGUUGAUACAUACUUAUAAGACAAAACAAUUUGAUCUUAUUUUGACAAUAAAAAAUUUUCCUUGGACU